GGAGUAUGGGUUGGCGAGGGGAGUUACUGAGGAGUCGGCGCGACCGCUGGUUUGGGAGAAACUUAAGGUUGUGAUAGGAUAUAUGCGAUGCAAGAUAAAGGUGUUGAAGAGGAUGCGAGAGGCGGAAGCUUAUCGAGAUGCAGCUAUGUUCCUGUAUUUGUGGGAGAGUUGGCAGCGGUGCGGGAAGGUUUGCGAUUGCAGUAUAAAGAGAUUGAUGUUGGGAAUUGCCUUGUGCGACCAGGAUAUACUAAGACAAAUCGAUAUGGAGGUCGAUUUCUCAUAAGGUUGAAGAAGGCCGAGGAAGGUAAAGAGAUUUUUUUGCGGAUUGUGCCAGAGUUGAUAAUUGUGUAUGAAGGCCUCGGGGUGGAUUUGCGGUCAUAUUAUUUGUUUCGGGCUGGGCGUGGGGUUAAUGCGCUUGGUGGGGGAGCAUUUAAUAAGCGAGUUGAGAAGUGGUUUGGAGAGGCGGGAGUAUACGAAGGAGAGAGCAACCAUAGCUUUAGGAUUGGGGGAUUACAGGCAGGAAUAGAGGACGGGUGGAGUUUGGGGGAGAUGAUGCGGCAGGGAACCUUGAGCAGCAUUGGGAUGUUUAUGCGGUAUGGAUAUGGGGUAAAGAGGGGGUGGAAGCGCAACGGGGAGGUGACGAAGAGAAAUGUGAGGAAUGCAGAAGGGGACUAAGUGGUAAAGAGGAUGCAAGAAAGGCCAAUGGUGGCUAAAUUGGGACAUAAAUGGUGUACACGCGGACUGGGAAUGCAUGAGUAAAUGGAUUUGGAUAUG